GUCUGAUAACUGUGUCAGUAACAUUUGACCGACUUAGACUUUUUACUCUUUUUAAACUAAACGUGUGAGAUUACUGACAUUUCGACGAGAUCAUCACUAAAUAACUAGAUAGUAUCCUGAAAAUGUCGGGAGAGACAGAUCUCCAGGAUGCCGAAGGCAAAGUCAGCAGGGUGAUCCGUGUUGGCACCAGGAAAAGCCAGCUGGCCCGCAUUCAAACAGACAGUGUCGUAGAGAAACUCCAGGAGUUACACCCUGAUGUGCAUUUUGAAAUAGUGGCAAUGUCAACAACAGGAGAUAAAAUACUUGACACAGCUUUAUCCAAAAUUGGUGAAAAGAGUCUCUUCACGAAAGAACUGGAGAAUGCUUUAGAAAAAAAUGAGGUCGACCUGGUCGUGCACUCUUUGAAAGACUUGCCUACUGCUCUUCCUGUUGGUUUCACUAUAGGAGCUGUGCUGAAACGAGAAAACCCUCAUGAUGCUGUUGUACUGCACCCCAAAAAUAAAGGCAAAUGUCUAGACUCCCUACCAAACAAGAGUGUUAUAGGCACCAGUUCUCUUCGCCGGGCUGCACAACUGAAAAAAAAAUUUCACCACCUGGAGUUUAAAGACAUUAGAGGUAAUCUCAACACUCGUCUAAAGAAGCUGGAUGAACAUAACGACUUCUCUGCCAUCAUCUUGGCAGCAGCUGGUCUUCGGAGGAUGGGCUGGGAGGGCCGCAUUAGCCAGAUUCUUGGGCCUGAGGACUGCAUGUAUGCCGUUGGACAGGGAGCAUUGGCUAUUGAGGUGCGAGCUCGAGACCAGGACAUCCUUGAGAUGGUGUCGGUGCUGAAUGACCCAGACACUGUCCUGAGAUGCAUCGCAGAGAGAGCGUUCCUUAAACAUCUGGAAGGGGGGUGCAGCGUUCCAGUUGCUGUUGACACUGAAGUUAAGAAUUCACAGCUUUACCUGACUGGAGCGGUGUACAGUCUUGAUGGCUCGGAUAGUCUGAAGGAGACCAUGCAGACAAGCAUAAACUCAAACAAUCAGAUUGAGGAGCAAGAAAAGGUUGAUGAGAAGGUCCAGCGUGUGGGUAUCACAGCUUUAAAGGUGUCGGGAGAAGACCAGGAUGCCGCAGUCAAGUUAGGAGUGGACCUCGGGAUUCUGCUGCUCAGCAAAGGAGCCAAAGAGAUACUGACCGUAGCCAGACAGCUUAAUGAUGCACGAUAGGCAUAUCAUGUCUUGUAUCUGAAGAUAAAUGAUCUCAUUCUACAUACUUGGUGUUUUCAAGUAUGUAAAAAGCUCCUAGUAGUUUUAUAAAUUUCCAUGUCUGUCAGUGUUUAGGUGUCAUAUAUUAUAUAUAUAUAUACUGUAUAUAUAUACACACACACAUACUGUAUAUAAAUAUACAGUAUAUACUACUGGUCAAAAGUUUAGGAUCACUCUUUAUUCAUAUUUUUCCACAGUUUAGAAUAAUAUUAAACCCAUCAAAACCAUGAAAUAGCACAAAUGUAGCUGUGGAAAUUAUGUUGUGACUAAAAGCAUCCAAAAUAAAUGAACUCUGUUAUAUUUUAGCAUCUUUAAAGUAGCCACCGUUUGUCUAGAAUCGUACACUUCGCAUUUUAUCAUCCAGGCUCUUGAGGUCUCAACCUGGGAAGGUUUUUAUACAGUACAUCUAUACUGGACUAUUAAUGACUGCUUUUUAUUUAUUAUUUGGUCCAAAUUUAGGUAAAAAUCUGGUUUUGUAAUCAAAUAAAUUAAUAUGUUUGCACAAUUAUAUUUUUGUCCACAAAAGGGAUUUCAAACAUUCACACACCUUCAGAUUAAUAGAUUUUUAAGACCAUGGGAAACAAGUGAUCCUAAACUUUUGACCAGUAGUGUAUAUAUACAUACAUGCAGUAUACAUGUAUAUAUACAUAAAUUACUUUUAUAUACAGUAUUUUUUCUAUUUUAAUUUGCAGUACACCAUUGUUGCAGUCAAAUUAAAUAAUUGAGAAGGCAGCUUUGCUUUGUCUUAUAAUGUUGCAUAGGAGCCUAAAGGAACAGUUCGCCCAAAAAUGGAAAUUCUGUCUUCACUACCAUAGUAGGAAAAUUGCUUUAUAAAGUUCUUUUGUUCUGUUAAAUAUUUUGAAGACUGUAGGAAUGCAAACAGUUCUGGGGUACUUUUGACUAUUGACAAGCAUUCUUCCAAAUAUCUUUCUCUGUUCAUCAGAACAAAGACAUUUAUACACAUUUGGAACAACUCGUGGGUGAGUAAAUUAUGACAGAAUCUUUUUUUGGUGAACUGUCCCCUUGAGUGAAGGUCAGUUUGUGGUUACUACUGAAAUACUACUGAAAGACUCGCAUAAUAAUCAUUACAUAAAAAUAACCUGGUUAUUCUGCAUUUUGCAGUUAUGUAGCUAUAACACAUUUGUACAUUUCAAUCUGGCCUUAGCUGGUCUCUCAGGAUGAUGUGUUUUGCUGGUUUUAGAGGGCUUUUAAGGAUUUGUCAGGUGGGCCAAAAACCUAAACCAGAUGAAGACCAGUUUUCCAAGAUUGAGAGACCAAUUUAAACCUGCUAAGCUGCUUUUUCAGCCAAGUGAUUAAGCUUUGAACCCACAAUCAUGCCUUUUAAGAUGGUGUGUGUUGUAUUUAAACGCAUGCUCAUUUGAAACUUGAAUUUUACUGGGAUAUAAAUCUUUUAAGCUGCUCAAAGUGUCAUCUACAUUUUUCCUUUGUGUCAUGCUUUCACUGAAAAUAUGCACAUGUGAAGGUAUACAGUUUACCUGUUGUUGAGAUGUUUUGUUCCAGUCUGUUGCAUACAUUUGCCCUGUAACAUGUUUACUCCCUGUGUAGUUGUUGUUGACCCUUUUAGAUUGAUUGUAAAAUGUAACUUCGUCAGUGCCUGGAAAAUCUCUAAAUCCGCGUGCAAGUGCUAUAAUUUAAUGGAUUGAAUUUUAAUUCCUUAUUUCUUUAGUCCCUUAAAUUUAUAGAUGAAGCCAUUGAUUUCAUAUGUUUUAUGAUUAACUUCAGACAGUAUUAACGUGUUGUGUUAUUCUAUAGCACUGAUGUAUUAGGGCUAUUGACUGGCCAAUACCAAACUGAUUUAAAGUGAAAAUAUAUUACAUUAUAGAUUAUGUAAUUUUAUUUUUUUAAGGGUUGAUUUCUACAAUGUUAGUUGAAUGUUAUUUUAGUCAACUUUUAAACUCAGAUUCAGGGGUGUAGGAAAUUGAACAGCAUACAUUUUUAGUAUUUUUUAUUUUUGGGAGGAGACUUAAAUGCAGCAUCACAUUGUGGUGCUUUUAUGAAUGGAGUGUUUUAGCUAUACUUGAUGUAUUGAACAAGACCAAAUAAAUCAGCCAUAUGA